CACACACAAAAGCGCAUAGAGGACAACUCGAACCGAGAACAAUGGGAGUCGCGGCGAUCGCGCGUUAACGGGCUCUGGUCUCUCCCCUGCUGCACUUUGCCGGCUUGCGAGACGACGACACCGGCGAACCUCGUCGUCGGCCAGUCGCCAACGGACGAGCCCGGGGACGUACAGUAAACAUCAUCCCCCUCCUGCUUCUCCUUCAUAUCGUUCUCCUCCUCCUGUUUCUCCUCAUCGUCCUCCUCUCUCUAAUCUACCCACGAGGCUUACUUCGACGGUGUCUCGCGGUGGAUGGCGCAGUGCGAAAAUCGACGCUACGUCCGAUCGAUCGAUCGAUCCUCGGGUGGAUCAACGGAGCCGCGGUUUGGGCCGAAAUGUCGGGAGGAAGCGAGGUUACACCGCGGCCCGCGGAAGCGACCAAGAGGCCGGAUUUCCUGGAUUUAUCCGGUAAUUGUCCACGAACUCGGCACGCGCCAGGGCCAUGCCCAGGAUCAAAGCCCCAGGAUACUAUCGCUAGGGAUGACGUCAUCUUCAUCUCGAGUAAAGACGACGCCUCGACCCUGUGGGUAAACUACCUGACGGCGAGUUUCGAGCAGAUCAGCCGACAACAAGGCAGACCGCCCUUUAGAGUGUCUCAGAUCACGUUCGAGGACCCUCUACUUCCCGGUACGGAUUUCAAAAUCCGUAACUCCCGGCUGCAGAUCAUCGUGGUAUGUCCGGUGUUUCUGGAGCGCGCGGCCGAGCGACCUGAGCACGCAGCCACGAUAAGCCGGCAAUUAAGUACCGAGCGCGUCCUCGCGAUGAUGCUGGGUGUCCAGGACAUCCAUCUAAAUAUGGAGCACCGGGCGGCCCUCGUCACGUACCCGAGCUGGCGGAAGUUCUUCGUGAAGGACCAGGAUGAGACGUUCGUCGGGCAAUUUUUGGGGGCGGCGGUUGCCAUUCUCGGCACGGCCAUCGCCAGCAAUCUUAAGAAUGACAAGACCGCCUUCUCCGUGCACCCGAAGAAGGUGAAACUGGGCCAAAGCCGAGUGAUCGCGCUGCUGAACGAGCCACUGCAGACAGAUGACAACGUGACGGUAAUUGUCGACCGAUGCGGCGAGGCGAUCGAGGUGGGACACGUGAAACGGCGCAACCCGUACACCCUGCAGUUUUCCAUACCGGAUCGCUGCCUCGAGGUCUCUAUGCUCGUCGGGGUGAGGAUCGCAUGCAAUGGCGCGCCUCUCGGGGUCAGACAGGUCAAGUGCGAGAGCCGGCUGCGCGAACUGGACCAGAUACUCAGGGCCCACGACAAUCCUCUCGAGUUCAUGUGCCAAACAUUCGGCUUCAAUUCUGGCGAUAAAGAGCAGCUAGAUAAUUGGAUGGUGCAUUCGUUUCAAAAAAACAUACCACCGCACUUUAAUCUUCUCUCAAAUCCAACAAACGAUCUUCAGCUCUCGAAGAAUCAUUCGAGUUCCGAAGAGAAUCCCACCCUCUUGCAUUUUGCCGCGCGCUUCGGUCUCGAGAAGCUCGCGUGGCAGUUGCUCGAGUGUCCUGGUGGCGACGUAGCUUGCGACAUGAAGAAUGCUAACGAUUUCACACCCGCGGAUCUGUCCGAACAGGCUGGACACGUUAGAUUAGCCCAUCAGCUUCGCGGCUACAUGCAAAUGAACGAAUUUUCAAACAUGUACAGCUAUCUAAAGGUGAUGAGUGAAAAUACAAAUGGAAACGCAAAUGGUUUUCGCGCGUCCUCCCAUCAAAGCGAACGACUGACAACGACCGAGGAGGAGCCCCGACAGGCUUCACGCCAAGAGGACUACUGCCGACCUCGACCCCUAAGUGAGGCGUACUCGGUACCGCCCAUGGCGCGACCCGUCCCCAUCACAAGCCAGCAGCAGCAUCAGCAGCAGCGAACCUUCCCCGAUUACUCGACGCCGCCGCCUCUGCCGUUGCCGAACUCCCCAGUUGCCGCGGACUCGACCCUAGCCCCAGCCUCGUCCACCACGACCCUCGACCCAUCCGGCCUUGAGCUACCCUUACAAGGUUACAUGCAGAUGAAUCCUACAGGUUUCCGAUCACCCGACUCGUCUGUCUCCACGCCGACAGGCUUAUCCUCUUCCCAGCUGAUUACCCAGCGCUCGGGUACCGAGACACCAACAAACGAUGUGAAAGGCGAAUACGCCAGCAGCGAUCAGCUGAGCAGCAAAUCCAGUUUGGGCCGCUCAAGCCAAUCGAGCAAUAGAUCGCGCGAAUGUCCCCAAGAUGAGCUGCUCGAGAUUAUUACGGACUUCAAGAACAAUGUGUUCACCAUCUCCGAGGUGGAGCGACUCGUGGAGAACUGGAGGAAUAGAAACGACGUCCAGCAGAGCUUCAGAGACAAGCAGCGCCAGCUGUCGGCUAUGAGGGACGAAUAUGAGAGGAUACAGAAGAGAAUGAAGGACGAAAUGAAGGCCCCGACACCCUUCGAUAGAAUCAGAAAAUUCUUUACCAAGGGAAAGAAGGAAUUAAAAGAUUCGAUGAAUGUAAAUGAAGAUCUCGGAUCAAGUAAACAAAAUUGUGUCGGGAAUUUGGCUGAUCGUCGUCCUGUUAGCAGCCUAAGUCUUCACAGUGUUUCAAGUUCAUCAUCUUCUGGCCGAAUGAGUACUGUAAGUGGAUGCAGUGGUACCAGUUUAGGAGACAGUGGCACACAUUCCGAUACAGAGGAUAGAAGGCUGCAGCAUCCGGCUUCGGAUGACAAAGUCGUGGGUAUCACAAGCUACGAGAUACCGCCAGCACCCAAACCCUUCCAUACUAGACUGCAACAGCAGACAGCGAAAUAUGCGCCAGGGCGUGUGGGUUGUACUAGUGUCAACAACAGCGAACUCGACCUCCGGGCAGUUAAAUCGUCACACCCGACUGCCGACGACAAGGAAUACUACAUCUCCUUUCCACCAUCGGGACUACCCGUACAUUCCUUCAAGGCCCACUUACUAGGCAAUGUACGUGAGCUAAAAACGCCGAAUUCUCCGAUCGAUAUGUCGAGCUCAAGUACAAUCCAUGACCUGGACGGCAGCGGCAACUACGCAAAUAUAAGCCCAAUCCUAAAGCCACCACCGGGACUAUGCAUACCAUUCGAGUACGAGAAUGUAUCGGGUUCCGAUUGCCACAACAUUCUCACAAUCCAGCCGGAGAUUCACGCGGAACCGAGGGCGCAUAUCACAAAGACCGAGACUCUGAGCAAUCUACCUGACUAUACGAACGUUCAGGUGGCCGCUUCAGAGGAGAUAGCCAAAAACUUUGGGGUGACACUGAAGAAGCUACCGGGACCACCGGUGCCACCCCGCUGCGAAUUCAACUUUGCAUCCAAGGUUACUGACGAGUGAGAUCGAAGUCAGCGAAAGAUUCUUGACCUCUUGUGUUUUUCGACUGCGCGUCGACACUUGUCGUUCUUUUUUGAAACCAGUGACACUGAGCUUUUUAUGAGCGUCUUGCAUAGC